UUAUUUUAUCAUUGAAUCCAGAUACAUCUAACACAAUGGCAGGUACUAUGAAAUACUGGAAGGAGGCAGCGACCCUGAUCAUUGCAGCCAGGUCAAAGACUCCUAUUUUCAGCUACAUAGGCAACAAGAAAUUCACCUUUAAUUACCAAAUUCUCAUGCUUCAGAGAAAUGCCAAAGCAGGUUUUUUCCCAUCUGCCCAGGUCUUCCCUGGUGGACAGAUAGACAAGGCAGAUUUUAGUCCAGCAUGGUUGGAUAUCUUUAAGAAGUAUGGCAAUGUUCACAAAAAAGAGGACUUUGGUAGGAUGGUCAGUAUAGAAGGGAUAAGACCUUCCAUUCUCGCAAGCAAUCACCAGUCUCCAGUUCCUAUUGAUGUUGCCUUUAGGAUAUGUGCCAUCCGGGAGACUUUUGAAGAGUGUGGGAUCCUGUUACUCAAGAAAGCUAGUGACAUAUUGCCAAACCCAGAUACGGUGACCCUCAGCAGCUGUAAAGCGACAGGCAAUGCAGAUCUAGCGCUCUGGCGAGAACGAGUCCGCAACGAUGCCAAUAGCUUUAUGUCCCUUUGCACUGAAGUAGGCGGUGUCCCAGAUGUUUGGUCAUUAGCGGAAUGGUCAAAUUGGUUAACUCCUUCGGACUUCACAACCAGACGUUUUGACACAAUAUUUUACAUUACCUGCAUGGAUGAACUACCAGAGGCCCUAGAGGAUACAAGUGAAAUUGUACAAACAAAAUGGGUUACACCAUUGGAAAGUUUGCAGCUGUUUUCAAAUGCAAAGACAUAUCUUCCACCACCUCAAGUGUACGAGUUCAGGCGACUUCUCAGGUUUGAAUGUUUUGACCAGCUAUAUCAGUUUUCAAAGAGUAGAGCAUAUGAUGGCACAGAGCGGUACCUACCAGUUCGAUGUAAUCUUGAAGAUGGCGUUGUCUCUUUAUUACCAGGUAUGUAUAAGGGACUUUUUGUAAACAUGAAAGAAAAUCUAUUCAAACUCACAAUUUUAAGACCUCCCUUUUAUGCUUUUUGAUUGCUUUGAUAUUCUGAUCAGUUUUUAUUAUGGAGCAAAACUGUAAGCUUUAAUGAUUCAUUUUAAUGAUAGAGGGAGUAUACAUGAACAGUGAAAACAGACAACCUUUCUUGUUCGGUUGUGGCCAUUUGAUAAAGUAUUUAAGACUGCUAGCAACCUUAAUUUUUGUGUGACAAGCUUUCCUCCACUCCAGUGGACUUUCUCAAGCCUACAAAUGAUCAGACCCCCCUCCCUCUCAACAUUACUUACUUUAACAUGAAUACGAUUGUCCAUUUUAACCCUAUUUUAACUUUGCUAUUUCAGACUAGGAUAUUCGGGGGGGGGGGGGUGUUGCACCCACAAAUGUAA